AUGGCUGAACCAGCGGCCCUGGACUUUGAGCAAGUCUCCAUGUCCACUUUGCAAGUGUCUCUGACACAGUUACAUGCCAUGAUGAACACCAUUGCCUCCUCAGUCUCGGACGUGCAGUCCAGACUCCUGGCCGUCGAGUCCCACCAGGCGCUGACAUCCGAACGUGCCGCCUCACCUUUGCCUGUAGCCUCCACGGCAGGGCUCGUUCCCCCAGGUAGGGUCCUUUGCGCACCCGAGGUAGCUCCAGCCCACUUUAUCCCCAGCAACAUCAAAAAGGAUAUUUUAGAGAGCAAGGACGUCAAUCUGGCAUCCAUCCUGAUAGCUACCCAUGACACGUUCAAAAAUAAAAAACUUCUCAUCUAUGACUUGUCGGCACCUCAUGGCUCCAGCACACCCAGUCUCAACUCCUUAGUGCCAUCCGAGGAGUUUUCCAUGAGUUACGCCACCAUAGACGAGGCCAUCCAACUGAUCAUCCAACCUUGUAAGCUCCAGGCUCUGCUGCGGCUGUUCGGCCAACUCAAUGUUCCGAUGGCAAUUUCGAAAACGGAAGGCCCCGCAACGGUAAUUACCUUGCUGGGCAUAAUCUUGAACACAAGGAAGAUGGAGGCCAGGUUGCCAGCUGAGAAGUUGGCAAAAAUCAAGGAGGCCAUCUCAACAGCAGCAGGCAGCAGGACGUCCACCAAGGUCGAGUUGCAGUCCUUACUAGGCAUGCUCAACUUUGCCACCAAAGUCAUGCCCCAGCGCAGGGCCUUCAUGUCCAGGCUCCUCCAGUUACUUCCCUCAGCCCCCGAGCAAGACAGCCUCAUCAAUUUGGAUGCCCAAGCCAUGGCCGAUCUGGCCAUGUGGGAGGACUUCUUGGCAUCUUGGAACGGAGUCUCUUUGUUCGUUCCUCAGCUGGGGCCAGCAUCCACCUUGAUUUUUUCAGACGCCGCCGCCUCCGGGGGUUUCGCGGUGAUCUGUGGAAAUCAAUGGUUCGCGGGCCCCUGGCCACCUGAUGUUUCAGCAGCCAGAGGCGCUUUACAAUCAUCCCCGUUGCUGGAAUUCUAUCCAGUCGUAGCGGCAGCCCAGGUGUGGGGCAGCCAGUGGGCCAACUCUUCCGUGGCGUUCGUCACUGACAAUCAGACAGUGGUGGACAUUAUCACCAAGGGCAGGUCGCAGUCACCCCAGAUAAUGUCAUUUGUCCAGAUAAUGUCAUUUGUCCGUAGGCUGGUCUGGCUCUCGCUGGAGCACAACUUCCAUGUGGCAUGCAGACCAUCUGUUCAUUUGGUGAGACAUCUCCUGGUCUUCAUGUUCGCCAUAGAAGAAAUAAACAGAAGAUCUGACCUCUUACCUAAUAUCACUCUGGGAUACAAGAUCUAUGACUCCGGUGUGUUUGAACAUAAAGCUGUACAGAGUGCACUGAGUAUACUGUCAGGACAAGAAGAAGCCGUCCCUAACUACAGCUGUGAUGAGAAGAACAACGUGGUGGCUUUUAUCGGACACUUGAUGUCUUCCCCCAGUCUGUCCAUAGCGGAGAUAACUGGGAUCUAUGGCUAUCCUCAGAUCAGCUAUGGAGCGAUGGAUCCCAUCUUCAGUAACAAGCUCCUGUUUCCUUAUUUCUAUCGCACAGUCCCUGAUGGGUCCACUCAGUAUGAAGCCAUUGUCCUCCUACUGGAGAACUUUGGCUGGAGCUGGGUGGGGAUGGUGACAGUAGAUGAUGAGAGCAGCCAACGAGCCAGCAUGGAGCUCUACAAUCUGAACCAAUAUAUAAGAAGAGUUCAGUUUAUAACUUCUGGUGGAGAUUCCAUUCACCUUGAUGAGAAAGGAAACUUUCCGACAAGAUUUGAUCUGGUAAAUUAUCAGGUAUUUGCUAACCGAACCGUGGGGAAACAAACAGUGGGACAUCUCCAUGAAGACAAAGGUCAUCAUCAGUUUCUUAUAAAUGAGAGCUCAAUUAUUUGGAAAUCACAACUUCCACCGCGCUCCACCUGUAGUGAGAGUUGCCUCCAUGGAUACCGGAAAGUCCUACUGGAAGGAAAAUAUAAAUGCUGCUACUACUGUGCCCCCUGUGCAGAAGGCGAGAUCUCCAACCAGACUGAUAUGGGAACAUGCUUAGUGUGUCCUAACGAUCACUGGUCAAAUGGAAGAAGAGAUUCCUGCGUUCCAAGACCGAUUGAAUUCCUGUCUUAUGGAGACACACUGGGGUCAUCUCUAAUUAUUAUAAAUCUUACAUUUUGCCUUGUGACUAUAGUUGUGUUGGGGAUAUUUAUAAAAAAUAAAGAUUCUCCGAUUGUGAAAGCCAAUAACCAGAAUCUCAGUUUCAUACUUCUCCUCUCACUCAUCUUCUCAUUUUUAUGUCCUCUCUUAUUCAUUGGACGUCCCUCAGAUAUAUCAUGUCUCCUCCGACAAGUGGCUUUUGGAAUCAUUUUUAGCCUUGCAGUUUCUUCAGUUUUAGCUAAAACAGUGACUGUAGUCUUGGCUUUUCAAGCCAUUAAACCAAGCAGGACACUGAGGCAGUGGAUGAAGAGACACCUCUCCACAUCCUUACUUGUUAUAGGUUCAUCUGGAGAAGUUUUGAUCUGUGUCCUCUGGUUGUUUUAUUCUCCACCAUUCCCAGAUUAUAACACUGGAAUAGAGGUUGGAAAGAUAAUCUUACAAUGUAUUGAGGGAUCUGCCAUUGCUUUCUACUUGUCCAUCGGCUACAUUGGAUUUCUGGCAAUGAUGAGCUUUAUUGUAGCUUUCUUGGCCAGAAGACUUCCAGACACCUUCAAUGAGGCUCAGUACAUCACCUUCAGCAUGCUGGUGUUCUGCAGUGUGUGGAUCUCCUUCAUCCCGGCCUAUCUCAGCACCAAGGGGAAGUACAUGGUGGCUGUGGAAGUUUUUGCCAUCUCAUGUUCCAGUGCUGGACUUCUGGGCUGUAUCUUCAUUCCCAAAUGUUACAUUAUCCUACUGAGACCAGAACUCAACACAACGUCCAAUAUAAGGGUCAUAAGAAGACAUUGUACAGGGGAAUUUUGA